CCUCAACUCCAGUUCAUGGCCAACGUUACACCAUGAUUGCGAAGUACUACAGUCAACUAUGGAGGUUCCGAAAGCACGGGGAACAGGACGAUCAGGUCCUCGUCGGCGCACGGGUUGCCUGACAUGCCGCGCACGCAAAGUCCGCUGUGAUGAGGCCAAACCCACCUGUGCCAACUGCACUCGGCUGCGCUUGCAGUGUAUCUACAAAAAUAUUGUCCCGGGCAUUGCACCCCGACGGGCUCCCCAGAGGAUUCCUCAACCAGCCUUCACUGCCGAUCCAAUCGGCGCUCAUAUCCAGGAUCGUCCAGAUGUGAAUUACUUCGAUACAGUUUUACAGCCCCGCGAGCUGCGCCCUCAGCGGGCAUCGCAAAUUUCGCAGCAGCAGGUGACAGAGCACGCGCUACCCUCUGCAUCUAACCCAGUCGCUGAUUUUCCGGGCUUUGAUAUGCUCGGCUUCAUUGGAGAAAUCACAUCAGAUUUUGAGCAAAAACAUCUUGAUCUGACGAAUGGGGGGUCACAAUUUCCCCCUGCCAGCGAGGAAUCGUCUCCAACGUUGCCUAGAUUCGUUGGGACUGUCAACCAUACCGAGCGACAUCCGACUUGGACAGUUGAAGCAUCCGUUGACACUCUCCCCAUUCCGAGUGACGAUCUAUCAGAUGAAGUGGAACAGGUCGAUGGAAUUCUAUGGCCUGAAACACGGGAAAGCUACGAGGAACAGUUACUGGCUCGCUUUGCAGAUAUAGACCCGCCACCUACACCAUUCGGGUCUAUUAACCUAGAAUGGGACCAUGUGCGGAGCAUUAUUGUUUCAAAUUCGCGAGAUACCUCUUGCUUGUUGAAUGCUUUAUAUUGUUACUCUGAUAUCCAUAAGGCAAUGAUAGAAGGUAAGCGAUGGAAAAUAGCUUUGAUGUAUCACCAACAAGCAAGCUCGGAGAUUCUAUCAUGUCUCCUUGAGGACGUGGAUGAUAUGCUAUUGAAGCGGGUAUUGACGGCUGUUUUCUUGCUUAUGGUGUCAGAGGUAUGCAUGUAUUCUCCUUCUGGUCAACGUACCGAGCUGAACAUGUACAGUUAGUAUCCAUACCUGACUUAGGGCGCUGCGGUACAUCUUUCCUCCAUUCGGCGUACCUGUUGUUACAGCGUUUCCAUCGUCGAACAAAUUCGUGGAUUGGUUUUGGACGUUUGAUAGUUUCAUGGAUCUCUCUACUGGAUGUCAGAGCACUGAUUGCCGGCCGUGAUGGGGACCCGCUUGUCGAUAUAGGAACGCCAGAUAAAGCUACUUCUGCUGAGAUCGAUCAAAGGCUAGAGGAGGACGA